AUGAUUUUGAGAAAGGGUGGCAUCACUUACACCCUCGCCGAGAUACCCCCCUCGAGCGCCGGUGUUCUCGCCGCUCUUGAGAGGGCCCGCGAGGAGGUCAAGGAGUUCAACGCCUUCAUAUCCGUUGCUGAAAAGCUGCUGCGCGCAAUCGAGGACGUCGAGAGAAAUCUUGAUGGCACUGAAAAAGAAGGUUGGGAAGCCCAUCAUCGCCAGGCUUCACUCCUUCCUCAUCCAAUCUACAAUGGCCCAGGAGCGGCCCAUUUACUGAGGUUCUUCCUCCCCCCAACCCGGUUAAAUCUGACUUCCAGGAGGAGCUCGAGCAGUUCGUAUGGGACGUCCUCGACCCCGGCGGAGUGGGGUAAGAUACUUAAGUGGCGCAUCGGCCAUUCGGAUGAUCGGCCCACCGUCAUUGUCGUGAACGGAAGAGUGAUCUCGGACACGGAGCGGGUGGCGGCUUACCUCGCUACUCAAGCCUUCCGCCUUGCAGGGGCCCGAGAGGGUUCCCGCCCGGCCUGGUCCGGACCCCGUCUUAUCUCUGAGUGGGCAGCGAGGCUCGCUGACCCGCCCAGCGACGACGAGCUCAAGGAUGCCUUCCUCGGUGCCACCUCGAACACACCCGGCCCCGGCGGAGUGCCACUGGCGUUCCUCAGACACACCUGGGAGCUCGUUUGUCCAGCUGCCCGAGUUAACGCCGAAGGCUGCGUAAAAAGGGAGACCUUCCCUAAAGCCUUCAAACAAGCAACAGUGGCACUCUCUCGAAGCCCGGGGAGAUCCGCGAUCAUACAAGGGCUAGAGGCCGAUCACUCUGCUGUCGAGUUUCGGCAAGGUGUGGAGAGGCUUCUGGCCCGAAGGAUAACGGCGGCAGCGCUAAACUCGGGGCUGCUCCCCCCAGACGUUGCAGGAGCCGUCCCAUCUAGAUCCGCGUUGGACCUCAUCCAGGCGCUCGUGCAUGACGCGGAGACUAUGUCGAGACCCCAAGCUCAGCCCUGCGACGCAGGCGGCCAUAAGAGCGUCAGCGACGACUGCAGUGCUGGCCCCAACAUCUUCAAUGCAGUCGUCACCCCCUCUCUUCUGUACGGCAUAGUCCAACUUAAUACCGGCCCACAUAGGACGGGGGUCAACGGCCUCUUGGUCCCAUCCAGGCCCGCAUCGGCGUGGUCAUCUCUCACCAAGGUUGCAAACGCAGCACUGAGGGUGAUUUCCCGGCUCGCUCGAAUCCCCUACCACGGCUGGUCCCGCUUGCACCAAGCGGCCUCUGAUCUGAGGGCUAGGCCCCAGUGGGAGCCCAAACGCGCAGGCAUCAGGGCAUGGCUUGGCCUACCUUCCUCUCCUCCCAAGAAACGUCGCGUCCCUCCCCCGGACUUGCACAGAUGGUGGCAGGCCAACAGACCCCCCUCGGCUCGAUGGAGCCGGCACUCGGACAACCCUUCGAGAAGUUUCCCCGGCAGUGCCUCUCCCGGUGGCUGGCAGAGGCCUCGGGUCACGGCGACUUCCUGGAGUACCACAGGCGGUUCAACCACUCCCCGGAGGCUAUCAAAGAGUGCCCCUGCGGCGGGGUGGUGUCCAGAGGCCACUUCUUUUCCUACCCUCUCACCUCUUUCAACAACCCACUUGCCGGCAGCCUAG